AUCGAUUAACCUUCAACAACAACAACAAAAUUCUCGAUUUAUCGAUUGUUACUUCAUACUUUGUUAUUCAACGUUUCAAAUUACAAGAACCAACCAAUUUCAUCAAAAAUAAUAAUCAAUCUUUUUUGUGUAUUCCUAAAAAAAGCGUCAUGGAUGCAAUGGAAACAAUGGAUAAACCACUGUCAACAAUGUCUGCAUACAAAUCGAAUAAGCCGGAUUUUCCAUUAUUACCGAAAAUUAUCAAUGGAGGAAUUGCCGGUAUUAUUGGUGUUACGUGUGUUUUUCCCAUCGAUUUAGUGAAAACACGGCUACAAUCACAAAGUAUUAAACCAAAUGAAAUUCCGCAAUACAAAUCAAUGGCCGAUUGUUUUCGAAAAACUUUUGCAAAAGAAGGAUUUUUCGGAAUGUAUCGUGGAUCUGCUGUUAAUAUUUUAUUGAUAACACCCGAAAAGGCAAUCAAAUUGACAGCUAAUGAUUUUUUCCGACAUCGAUUUUCGGAUCGUUCUGGAAAAAUAACAUUACAUCGAGAAAUGAUUGCCGGAAGUUUAGCUGGUCUUUGUCAGAUUGUAAUAACGACACCAAUGGAAUUACUUAAAAUACAGCUACAAGAUGCGGGUCGUGUACAAACAAGCGGCCUUCAAGAACGUCCAUCGGCAACACGAAUUGCAUUGAGCCUAAUACGAUCAAAAGGUAUUUUUGGUUUAUAUCGUGGUACAGCAGCAACUAUGUUCCGAGAUGUUACAUUUUCGGCAAUCUAUUUUCCAAUGUUUGCUAAUUUAAAUAAAUUGGGACCAAAAACAACUUACAGUAAUAAUGGUAGUGAUAGUGAAACGGUAUUCUGGGCAUCAUUUCUUGCCGGUUGUGUUUCCGGUGGAAUUGCUGCAGCUGCUGUUAAUCCUAUUGAUGUGAUUAAAACACGAUUACAAACAUUAAAACGAGCUGAACAUGAACAACAUUAUUCUGGAAUACGUGAUGCAUUCAUUAGAAUUUGGCGUGAUGAAGGUAUUAAAGCAUUUUUCAAAGGUGCCGGUUGUCGUGUUAUGGUUAUUGCACCAUUAUUCGGUAUUGCACAAACAGUUUAUUAUCUGGGUGUUGCCGAAUAUUUAAUGAAAAAAUUUCGAUUAGCAAGUGAUAAUUACAGCCACAAUGAUUAUAAACAACAAAAACAACAAACAACGAAAAAAUUACGAAUGACAGAGAAUUUAUCAAAAGUUUGAAUAUUUACGAUGAAAAAUUUUAGAAAUUUUCCUGAAACUAUGAACUUCACAUUCACUAUUCGCACACCCACACACCCACUACUCACGAACCAAAGCCUUUUUUUAGUUCAAUUUGUUUUGUUUUGUUUUUUUGUUAAAUUCAUACCACAUAAACAUCUUUAAAUUAUAUCAUUCUUGUUUUGAAAACAAAAAUUUGCAUAAUUGUUAUUGUUGGAAUCGAAUUAUUAUUCUUGUUAUUUAUUAUCAAUUGAUUUAGUAUUUCACACACAUCUCCCGGAUUAUAUUUUCAUAA